AUGGUUGAAUUAUGCGAACUAAAUAUCAACGAAUGGCAGUCGGACAUCGAUGAACACGUCGCUGAACUCGACUUUAAUUCGAAUUCGAGUUCGUUAAGUAAUAAUUCGUUGUUUAUUUCGAAUGAUAGCUUGGAUUUCGACAAACUGCAUCGUCAUUGUUAUGUCAAGAAAAAUGAUUAUAAGUUGACAUUUAAUGAUGACAGUGGCCAGUGGACGACAAGCGAUCAUAAUUUAACGAAUUGGGGAAAUAUUCGUUGCAAUGAAACAGAAAAAACGAACAGUCUGCCUGAAUUAAAAACAAGUAACAAGUCUGAUUUAUUAAGAAAAUUUGUGGAAAGAAAAUCAGAUUAUGAACUGUACUUUGCGAAUGGUAAAUAUUUUGAUAUAAAUUAUAAUGAAAUAAAUAAUAAUGCAUUUGAUCGAUGGAAUAUCCAUAAUAACUUAUCGAUAAAUCCAUUAUCGAAACCAAAACGAACGUUUGCUGAUUUUGAAAAAGAAGAUUAUCAAAAUGAUCUUCAUCAGCGUGCACCUUCAUUAGAUUUUAUGGCCAUGAAACAUAAGGUACCGGAUUUAUGUGAAAUAUCAUCAUUGUUUUCAUCUUCAUUAACAGUAAAUGAUAUAUUAUUACGAAUAAAAGAUGAUGGAAUUAUAAGUAAUGAUAAGUUGAAUAUAACAAUUGAGGAAGGACCAGAUUCUGGUUUAGGUUCUAGUAAUUAUAGUAAUAAUGGACCACUGCAUAUUGAAGAUUGGCCAUCACUCGCCAUACUUCUUCCUAAAAGCGUUGUUGAAACGUGCACUUUUUUUAAACUAAAUAAUCGUUUGUUAUCUGCAUCGUCAUUAAUAUCCAACAAUAACAACAACAACAAUAUUGAACGAAUCAACAGCAAUAAUAAUAUUAAAUUUGGGCGAUAUGAAGCUUGCCGAACAUGUUUCGGCAUUCGAAAAUAUUUGCAUCCUCCUUUAUGGGCUCAGCCAAUAAAUGUUCGAAAUAUAUUAUGUAAUUGUACUAAUAGCGAAAUUUUUGACAGAAGUUAUUUAUCAGUUCGAAGUCAAACAUCGAUAAUAAAUCGUUUAAAACUUCAUUCACAUGAAUUAAGUAUUAUUGGACUUCCAAUUUACAGUGAAAAACGUAUGCUAGUCGAAAAGGUAGUUGAAGGAGUGGCGGAAUUGGCUCGAACUGGUAACAGCUCAAGUCUCUAUAGUUCUUUGGAGACGUUGGUUGCUGAUGGCUUGAAGGAUUCUUUAGACUUAUGGCAAAUGAUUGUAAAAAUCACUGGUCCAGGUCCUGCAACCAAUCAUAUUUUUAAUUUUGUUAAAGACUUAAAUAAUGACGAAUGCAUAAACAAUUGCCGCGUUUUAUUAUUCUUCGAAGAAUUGUUAAGAUUGGAAUCCGUAGAUUGUUGGAUUUAUUAUGCAGUAUUGAAAGAGAAUAUUUUAAAGGAUUUGUAUAAAGACGAAUCUUUCUUGCUACAUGCAAAUACGUCCUACCGAAGUUUAUUAUUUCGUCUGCUCGAGAAUCUCGAAUAUUUGACAUUUAUUAAAAGUGAUAAAAAAAUGAAUUAUAAACUAUUAAAAGCAUCGCGUAUAGCCAAUGAUUCAAGAAUACCAAAAUCAUCUUCAAUGCCAUCACGUUUACCGUCCUUCAGACCGACUCGAAUACCAAGAUUGGUUACUCGCCCUACGCUUGGUCGUGCAAUAAUUUACAAAAAGUCGUUUUCAUUUAAUCAUGCUUUAGCUACUAUUGAUUAUGAUCAGCCAGGCAUGCUUAGAGUGUCGAAAGGUGAGCCAUUAUAUAUACUAACAAAGCGUGGACCAUUUGCUCGUUGUUGUCGCGUUCAGCCUUUGUAUAAUCGCAUUUUCCAAGGUUUGUUGCCAGUUUCAAUUCUAAAUCAUCAGUGA